AUGAGGAAAAGGUCAACGGGUCAGAACCCAGGACAUUACAGUCGGAUACCAUGGUGGACGAGGAUGAUACUGGUCGACUGGGCAGUAUGCAUUGGAGUUGUGAUAUUUGAAUUGAUCGUGUGCAACUUUGCCAUGAAUCCCUAUGAUAGAUAUAUACCCGAUGGAUUGGAUCAGUUCCAGACCAUCCAAUACCCACUCAAGGCAUCAAUAGUACCCACAUGGAUGUUGGCACUGAUCGUUGGUCUCAUUCCACUCAUCGUCUUCACAUCAUUCUAUGCAAGAUAUCGCAGUCUACAUGACCUACAUCAUGCAUGUCUAGGAUUGGUACAAGCAUUGACCAUGACAAUGUUAUUCACAGACUUUUUAAAGGUUAUUGUUGGAAGAUAUAGACCAGACUAUGCAGCACGCGUGGCAGAUGGAGACAAGUCAAGUAUACAUGAUGGUCGACUCAGUUUCCCUUCAGGUCAUUCAUCAGCAUCAUUCUGUUCAAUGACCUUCCUCUCAAUGUACCUCUGUGGCAAGCUGAGAGUCUUUAGAAAAGAAGGUUCACCAUCAUGGAAACUAUUCAUCGUGCUACUACCCUAUGCCAUAUCAUCAUUCGUCGCAGUUUCCAGGACGAUGGACUAUCAUCAUGACUUCUCAGAUAUACUUGGUGGAACAUUGAUUGGACUAUGCUUUGGAGGAUUCAUAUACUUUAAUAACUUUAAUCAAUUGUCUUCCAACAAAUGUGCAUUGCCAAAGAACAGACUGUACCCUAACUACUCAAAGGAUGGAUUGUUGUUGGCCGAAAAGGAUACUUCACUACUCUCAAUCAAAGUACUUGGU